AGAAUAAAAAGAUGAGAGAAAUAAUGGAAGAAUUAAAAGAAAGGGUUUGAUGCUAUGAAGUUGCCUUCCACCAAACCAUAACUUUAUUCUUCCAUGUCCCUACAUUUCCUUUCCUCUCCGUCUUCUAGCUUCCUCUUUUCCCCUUCCAUCAUCAUUCCAUUUCAUAUCUUCCCAUCCAUUUGGCCACACAACAAUCCACUCUUUCAUGGCACCUCUCCAUCAUCUCCUCCUUUUCAACACAAAUUCUUCCCAUUUAGCUUAACUAUAUGUGAUCUGCAGUAAUGGCGAAACCCACUUGCUUGCGUCCAUUGUUCUCUACGCUCUUGUCUCUUCUCGGCCUCCUUCUUCUCCAUCUCGGCUGCUUCUUCUUCUCCUCCUCCGCCGCCGCCGUCUCCGACCACCACCGCCCUGAACCGCCGAACCAAAAUUCCGGCCGGAACAGAAAGAUUUCUUCUUCUUCUUCUUCUCGUCUCAAACGAUCCACCGCCGGAGCUGUUUCUGCGUCUUGGUCCUUCGUUAAGCGAAUCUUCAGCUGCGCCGCCGCCGCCGGCGGCGGCACUCCCCCUCCCCACCCGUCAAUCCCGUCGCCGUGUUCCUCCUCUAGAUCCCUGACGAAACCCAUCGUCAUCCCGCUAGCCUCGCCGGAAAAGCUCUCCUCCGAUCCUCUUUCCGGGGAUAUCUGCUCCGACCAACCCAACAUUCCGCUACGGAACAAUAUCUACCCGUGUACCCUCUGCGGCGAGAUUUUCCUCGCCGCCAAUCUUCUCGAGCAGCACCAGUUCAUAAAGCACGCGGUAUCGGAGCUCGUGGAUGGAGAUUCCGGCAACAACAUUGUCCAGAUCAUAUUCAAAACCGGCUGGCGGGACACGGCGAAGAAUCCGGCGAUCCGCCGGAUUUUAAAGAUUCACAACAGCCCGAAGAUCCUGGCCCGGUUCGAGGAAUACAGAGAGCACGUGAAGUCGAAAGCGGCCCGGAACGUCGCAGGGAGGCGGCGAGACGAGCGGUGCAUCGCCGACGGCAAUGAACUCUUAAGGUUCCACUGCGCCACCUUCCUCUGCGACUUGGGGGAGAACGGCAGCGGCGCUGCCUCGGGCGUAUGUUCCAACCAGUAUUGCAGCGUCUGCGGGAUCAUCAAGACCGGAUUCUCCCCCAAGAUGGACGGAAUCUCGACGCAGUCCUCCGGCUGGCGGGCCCACGCCGCCGUGCCGGAGGAGAUCGAGGAGGAGUUCAAGUUCAUGCACGUGAAGCGGGCCAUGCUAGUGUGCCGGGUCAUUGCCGGCCGGGUCGGAUCCGACCCGGACGUGGUGGACAAGGAUGACCCGGGGUUCGAUUCCUUGGUCGGUCGCGAAAAUGGGGUCCACCCAAGACUCGACGAAGAAGAAGAACUGUGGGUGUUCAAUCCUAGGGCUGUGCUGCCAUGUUUUGUCAUAGUCUACAAUGUAUGAUCUAUGAUAAUGUUUUCUUAGUUAACUUGUUAAAGCUAAGGUUGUACGUUUGGUUGAGACGUAAUUGCCAGAUGGUGCAAUGCUGUCUGACGUGGCAUCCAGCUAAUGAAUGAAUGUGUGACGUGUGGGACAUGCUGGCUCAAACUUGCUGAGCUGGCAAUUAAUGAUGAGCAUGCUUUUGAUCCAAAAAGUUGAAUGGUUUGAGGACAGGGAUUUGCAUGAUUUCUGGGCGGUGGUCACUUUUUGUAUAGUAAAAAGCUGUGUAAUAGAAUGUGAUUUAGGAUGACUUCAACUUUAAGGUUGUCCUGUCCAGCUAGUUCUUAAGUGCUUAUUAUCUUUAAUUUUCUCAAUUAAUUGAUAUGAUCACAUAUUCACAUGGUUCUUUGAAA